CGGGGAGUUUGGAACCCCGCCUUCGAGUCCGCAAGGGAAGGUUUGGCUCAGACUGGAGCCGGCCGGGCGCCCAGUGACCCCUGUUCCACCCUCACUCGGGUCGUGACCCAAGCGCGGGCUCAACCGCAGGGAUAAUAAUCAGGACUGCAGUUUGAAAACCGCGUGGCUCAUCGUGGUGGUUAAAGGGUGCUCUGGAGUGAGCCUAUCCUGGUCACAUCCCCCUCGGUCACCUGUUAAGGCCUUGGGCACGUGUGAAGAGAAAAUAGCUCCCUUAUUUCAAUGUCCUCGUCUGUUAAAUGGGGGCGUUUAUAGCAAUUGCUCCCAAAGCGGUGGUGCUAAAUGAAGCAGAGUAUGGAAACUUUUACGCACUCAAUAGGAGCUUGGAAAAUGUUGAGUUCCUUUCGCUUCCCCAAUCCUUACAUCCACAGAGGCAGCAUACCGCGCCCGGUUCCGAAUCCUGUCGCACAUCCUUUGUCAACUGGAACAAAUUGCCUACUCUGUCUCAGCCUCAUUCAUCUGCAGAACCGGAAUCAUAAAGGGCCUUCACAAUAUUAGGUGACAAGGAAGCAAGUGCAGCGCCUGACAUAGGGCAAGUCUAGAAGUGAUGGGGCCGUGAUGGAUGCUUUCUUACGCAUUGGGGCUCAGAGAGCGCAGGCUUCCACAAACUGUCGGCCCCUGCGUGGGAGGCCUUUGCCCUUCCCACUCCCCCAGGUUUCCCCCAGCUGCACUCGGGAUCUGCCGUGGGCCUCCCCCCUCCCCCGCACUCCCCCAGGCAGAGGAGAUUUUCCUUCGGCUCCCGCCUAAAGCGCCGCGGUGACGCCCCGAGAGGCAGGUCUGGGCGGCGCGCCGGGCCCUUUCAAGUCCCUAGUCCCGGACUUGCAAGUGCGGGCCUGCGCCCGGCGCAGCGGCGAGAACAUCUGCCCUUGUGUGCCGACUCGCCGCGCCCAGAGUGGGUCUAGACCGGUCCUGGCCCGCCUUUGGUGCACCGGCCUCCAUGUCCCCUCGCCACCCCGGAGCCGCCCCCUCGCCCACUCCCAGGGUCCAACUCCCCGCGAGCUGUUCCCAGGGCUGGGCCUCAAAGGCGCAGCUACCUUCCACCAGGUCUCUCAAUCCUUGUCCCUUUCCACCCACACGAUCCAGAGCUGCGGCAAGAAGAAUCUUGUCCAGUCAUUGUUUUCACGAUAUCAUUCCCGAGUUCAAGAAUUCUCUGGGCUUUUUACUGGAGCGGGGGGGGGGGGGGGGCACCCCCCACCGAGCCACACCUGGUCCCUGAGGACACACCCUCCACUUCCCACCUAGCUCUCACCCUCUCUUCUCCACCAUUUUGGGCCCUUCCCACUUCCAAAACCUCCUCCUCCGGGAGGACCUGGAACUCUUUUCCUCUGCCUUGUGCCCUCGCAGACAGGCGCAGGCGGGGCACACAGAAGGAGCGAGAAAUGAGAAGAUGCAGGUGAAACCAUCAGCAAAAACAUCCGAUCCAUGUGAGACGAGAUGCCAGCAUCCCCACCUAUGGCCUCCGACAGUCUAUCUCAUUGAACAGCAGGCUUCAGGACUGCUAUGUGGACUCGCCAGCUCUCACCAACAUCUGGAUGGCCAGGGCAUGUGCGAAGCAGAACAUCAAAGCCCCAGCACGAGGUACCACCUCCUCCUGGGAAGUGGUGAAGAACCCAUUCAUUGCCAGCUCACUCUCCCUGGUUAAGCUGGUGCUCCGGCGACAACUGAAGGAUAAAUGCUGUUCGGUACCGGGCAAGUCCGGAGAAGCAAAACCCUCAAAGAGAUUAAAGCCCAAGGACGACUCAGCAGUCAAAGCCACUCGGCGGGGCGGGGUAAGAAACCCCAUCAGUUCCAAGAGCAAGCAGCCCGUGGGGCAGCAGCCGGGCUCCCCUAGGCGCAGGAGGCCUGCAGGGAGCACUCACGAGAGUAAAGAAAGUUCAAAGGAGAAAAAAGUAACAGUCGGCCAAGAUCUCGAGCACAGAUAUGCUGAACAUGUGGCUGCCACCCAAGCACUGAGCAGGGACAUCGGGACAGCGGCCUGGAAGGGCCAGGCGCUGCUUCCUGAAGCCAGAAAGAGACGGCAGUUUUCGGACAUGUUAACCAUCCACGGCCUCCCCACAGAGGGCUACCGGGCUCUGUACCACGCUGUGGUCGAGCCGAUGCUGUGGAAUCCUUCAGGGACCCCCAAGAGGUACAGCUUGGAGCUGGGCAAGGCCAUCAAACAGAAGCUCUGGGAGGCUCUGUGCAGCCAGGCUGCCGUCCCUGAAGAUGCUCAGGAGGACCCGACGCCCGACAGGACGCGGCUGGAGGUCGACCAGGAGCCUGUGCCCAAGAAAUGGCCCAAGUUAAAGAGGGAGAACUAGAAACAGGAACUCACAGGACUUAGGAUAUUCUCUGCUAGAUAUCUAGAAAAUAAACACCACUUUGCACCUUGCAUGUCAUCUCAGAGUGCUUUACAGAUUAGUAACUACCCUCUCGGGAAACA